AUGGCAGGUGCCGGUGCCGGUGGUAUGGUUGGUAUAGAAUUGACCGAUUUCGUUUUUAUUUUAAAUUCGCAAGACGCUGUUAAGUCAUUUUCUGAAUUCGGGACUAUCACUCUAGGUGGUAAUGUCUCUGUAGCUGCCGGGCCCCUUGGUAGAAGUGCUGAAGCAGCCGCUUCUGCCUCUGCGGGUGGUCUGGCUGCCGUUUUCGCCUAUUCCAAGAGUAAAGGGCUAUUCGCAGGUGUUUCCGUGGAAGGUUCUGCCAUUUUGGAAAGAAGGGAGGCCAACAGAAAGUUUUAUGGUGAUAAUUGUACUGCGAAAAUGAUUUUGUCCGGUAGGAUAAGACCACCCCCAGCGGUGGAUCCCUUGUUCCGUGUUUUGGAGUCGAGAGCCUUCAAUUACAGGUCUCCCAACAGCGGCCGUGGUGGUUACGAUGAAGACGAAGAUGGCUAUUACGAUGGCGACGAUUUUUACAACGACAUUCCUAGUUCAUUCAGCUCUUCAGACACUUCAUCUGGCAGGGCCAAUACAAGAUCCACAAGAGGGAGAGCUAAAAGUGAUUCUCGCUACACAUUUGACGAUGAUGACAAUGACGACGAUUACGGUGAUGGGCUUCCAAGAAACUCGAGAGUAACACCCACUGUUAGUGGUGGUAGUGGUGGUAAACUUGACGACCCGACUGGAGCUUCGAGUUAUUAUGCCAGCCAUAGGAGAUCGGGCACCGCUCAGUCGAGGUCUCACCCUUCAAGAAAUUCACGUUGGGCUGAUGAUGAAUACGAUGAUUACACCGGUGGUAGUGGAAGGGACAAGACGAACGAUCGUGAGGUGGAUGAUUUAUCAAACAGAUUUUCCAAGUCUAGAAUCUCGUCCGCUUCAACGCCGCAAACAAGUCAAGGCAGAUUUGCUGCUCCAACAUCCCCAUCCACAUCUUCUCCAAAAGCUGUGGCAUUAUAUAGCUUUGCAGGAGAAGAAUCCGGAGAUUUGCCAUUUAGAAAGGGUGAUGUUGUCACAAUUUUGAAGAAAUCUGACUCCCAAAAUGACUGGUGGACUGGGAGAGUUAAUGGUAGAGAAGGUAUCUUUCCAGCAAAUUAUGUUGAACUAGUCUGA